CCCAGUGCACUGCAGGAGGGAAGAGCCUACAGGGACCCAUCAAUCUCCUGCCAGCAGCGAGGACAGACAGCAUGAGCACAGCCGGAAAAUUACCCUUCCUCUUCCAGGUCAUCAAGUGCAAAGCAGCUGUGCUGUGGGAGACCAAGAAGCCCUUCUCCAUCGAGGACAUAGAAGUCGCACCCCCCAAGGCCCAUGAAGUCCGCAUUAAGAUGGUGGCCACGGGGGUCUGCCGCUCUGAUGAUCACGCGAUUAGUGGAAGCAUACCUACACCUUUUCCUGUAAUUCUUGGCCACGAGGGAGCUGGUAUCGUGGAGAGUGUUGGAGAAGGGGUGACUUCUGUCAAACCAGGUGAUAAAGUCAUCCCGCUCUUUUCUCCCCAGUGUGGAAAAUGCAGGAUCUGCAAGCACCCGGAGAGCAACUUCUGUAUGAACAAUGAUUUGGCAAAUCCUCGAGGGACUUUGCUUGAUGGAACCACCAGGUUCACCUGCAAGGGGAAGUCAAUCUACAACUUCACCAGCACCAGCACCUUCUCCCAGUACACUGUGGUAGAUGAGAUGGCAGUGGCUAAAAUCGAUGCGGCUUCACCCCUGGACAAAGUCUGCCUCAUCGGCUGCGGGUUCUCAACUGGCUAUGGCUCUGCUGUCAAAGUCGCCAAGGUGACCCCAGGCUCCACCUGUGCUGUGUUUGGCCUUGGAGGUGUUGGUCUGUCUGUCAUCAUUGGCUGUAAAACAGCUGGAGCAGCCAGGAUCAUCGCUGUGGACAUCAACAAAGACAAGUUUGCGAAGGCCAAAGAAUUGGGUGCAACUGAGUGCAUCAAUCCUUUGGACUACAGCAAACCCAUCCAUGAAGUACUCCAGGAGAUGACCGAUGGAGGGGUGGACUUCUCCUUUGAAGUAAUCGGUCGCCUUGACACCAUGAUGUCUUCCCUGUUAAGCAGCCACGCAUCAUGUGGUGUAAGUGUCGUUGUUGGGGUGCCUCCUAAUUCCCAAAGCCUCUCUAUGAACCCCUUGUUGCUGCUGCUGGGACGCACGUGGAAAGGAGCAAUAUUUGGUGGCUUUAAGAGUAAAGAUUCUGUCCCCAAGCUUGUGGCUGAUUUUAUGGCUAACAAGUUUCCAUUGGAGCCAUUAAUUACCCAUGUUUUACCUUUUGAGAAAAUCAAUGAAGCCUUUGAGCUGCUUCGCUCUGGAAAGAGUAUCCGGACUGUCCUGACGUUCUGAGACCAUACUGAUGCCUUCCUACUCCUGAGCCCUGCACCCCACUGAAUCACGAGACCAGACACAUACAGCGCUAAUGUUGUUCCUUAGAGACACUGCCAAUAAAGUACUCAUGUAAGCUUUCCGCGAGAAACUGAAUUUUCUGUGAUUCUGUUUUCAACCCCAAGUGAGA